GCGCAGUGACCGCUGCUAUAAUUAUCAUUGGACCGUCACGAAAUCCCGUCCUGAUUCCCGGGUUCCUUUUAUUAGCAUCGUCGUCGCCACGGUUAAGUUUAACUAAGUCUUUCCCUCGCCUGUCCUUCUCUUCCCCGUAAUUCCCAUUUGCGUACGUAAAAUCCACCCCGAAAAAAGCAAAAGCAACAUGACGAUUCGCAAGUUGGACGGCGAGAACUCGAAGCUCUUCGAGCCGUUGACCAUUGGCAAUGGCAAGAUCACCCUCUCGCACCGCGUGGUGCAUGCGCCCAUGACGAGGAACCGCGGAGUGCCCGUCAACGCCACCAGCACGCCGGAGAAUCCCAAUCGUCUCUGGUACCCUGGCGAUUUGAUGGUCGAAUACUACCGGCAACGCACUACCCCUGGCGGGCUGAUCAUCUCGGAAGGAAUUCCGCCGUCGCUUGAGAGCAAUGGCAUGCCCGGCGUCCCCGGUCUGUUCACCGAGUCGCAGGCAGACGGCUGGAAGCGCGUGGUCGACGCCGUCCACGCCGACGGCGGCGUCAUCUACGCCCAACUCUGGCACGCCGGCCGUGCCACCAUCCCCCAGAUGACUGGAUCCCCUGCGGUCUCGGCCUCCGCAACCCCCUGGGACGACCCGACGGAGGGCUACUCGCAUCCCCCCGUCGGAUCGACCUCCCAGGUUCCCUACGCGGACCACCCGCCGAUCGAGCUCUCCGUCCCGCACCUGAAGCAGACUAUUCGCGACUACUGCCUCGCUGCCGAGACUGCGAUGAAGAUCGGCUUCGACGGCGUCGAGGUGCACGCGGGUAACGGCUAUCUGCCCGAGCAGUUUCUCAGCUCCAACAUCAACAAGCGCACGGAUGCCUACGGCGGAUCGCCCGAGAAGCGCUGCACUUUUGUCCGCGAGCUGAUGGCCGAGGUCGCCAAUACUAUUGGCCAGGAGAAUCUUGCCGUUCGUCUGUCGCCGUUUGGCUUGUUUAAUCAGGCCCGUGGCGAGCAGAGACUCGAGACUUGGACUUUCCUCUGCGAGUCGUUGAAGAAGGAGCUGCCGAACUUGUCGUAUGUCAGCUUUAUUGAGCCGCGCUACGAGCAAAUCUUCAGCUACGAACAGAAGGACAAGUUCCUGGGCAGCUGGGGCCUGAAGGACGUCGACCUGUCGCGCUUCCGGGCCAUCUUCGGCGACACGCCCUUCUUCUCGGCGGGUGGAUGGAACCAGGAGAACUCCUGGGGGGUUCUGGAAGACGGACACUACGAUGCCCUGCUCUUCGGACGUCACUUCACCAGUAACCCGGACUUGGUCGAGAGACUGAAGCGCGGCAUCCCCUUUGAGCCGUACCAUCGCGCUCGUUUCUACGGGCCGUUCGAGGACAAUGCGGCGUACUAUAUUGAUUAUCCUCCUGCUGCGCAGAAGGCGUAAUUUUGUGGAUAGCAUUAGAUAGUUGAGUCGGUGUUGGCACUCUGUGAAUGUCAGUCAGGUUGACUCCUAGUGGUAUAUAAUGGAAGUGAUUAUCUCGUGGGGACGCGGAACUCAAAUAUAUUCAUGUGGAGUGCCCGAAUGGCCUCCACUCGGGACUCAAAAAUUUGCCACAGACAUACUC